ACAGGUCUGAUGGGCUAGGCUGGGCUGAGCAGGGCAGGGCAGGGCAGGGUACGAUAGGAUAUAAACUGCUCCCUCUCAGCAGAUGCAACACUUAAAGUCAAGACAAGAAGACAUCCUUCAUCAUGGCGACUCCAUCCAAGAUCGAAGUGGCAAUGCAGAACCUGUUGGAUGUUUUCUAUCUAUACGCCAAGAGCGACAAGUGCACUCUAACCAAACUUGAGAUGAAAGAGCUGGUGGAGACUGAACUUAAACAACUCACCAAGAAUAAGAAAAACGUUGACUAUUUUGACAAGCUGAUGAAAGAGUUGGAUUUUGAUGGCGACGGAAAAGUGAAUUUUGAGGAGUUUUUAUCAUUUAUUUCAGGAAUCAUGUUCUCUUGUAAUGAAAUAUAUAUGCAGAAGCGGCAACAAAUGGCAAAGGAGUGUAAAAAGUAACUUGUAAUAUCAACUGUUUCAUGGGCACAUACUGGAAACCCCAGUAACCAACCUGUUGUUACCUUUAUUUUUUUUAAUCCAAAUAAUAAAAUGAUUAUGACUGCU